AGAAGAAAAGCAAAGGGUUUAGCAGUUUGUUUGUGAAAGGAAGAAAGUUUCAGAGAGAGAGAAAGAGAAAAUUGCAGAGCGAGAAACAAACGGCGAGUUGCCGUCCAGCGACAAUUAGAUAUCGGGUGCUAGGGCACAAAAAUUAAAAAGAGGACAUUGUAAUACGAGGAUGCAGACAGAUCAGCAUUCUCGUUGAAGAUUAUAAUCUCAGAUCUUUUUUCAUCUAUUUUCUUGUUCCAAAUCGAAACCCUAAUUGACUUCGUCCGAUCAGCUGACUUUGUGUUAUUUUUUUCAUCAAUUUCUGUUGAAACUAUUUGACGGAGGAUUUUUGGGGUUAUAUCAGCUCGGAGAUCCUCCUAAGUUAAAGGGUUGUAAUCGGAUCCGGUUUGCCGUUAAAUUGAGCGGCUGUUUGUUUCCUUUUCCGGCGGAUGAGAGGUGAUUAAAACAAUGAAAUGGGUAUCAUUGCUUAAAGACUUUAAAGAAAAGGUCGGGUUGACAGCGCCUGCAUCUGCUGCAUCUUCUCCAUCAUCAUCUACCUCCCUAUCACCUUUCUAUCCUGAUAAUAAUAACAAUGCUACUUCUUCAUCACCAAAUUACUUCUCGUCUUCUUCUUCAAGAGACAAAUAUGAACUGGAAUUGGACUUCAAGAGACAUUGGGAAGAGUUUCGUUCGUCAUCUUCGGAGAAGGAAAAAGAAAAGGCCUUGAAUAUGACAAUCGAUGUCUUUUGUAGAUUUGUAAAGCAACAUUCUAAUGUAGCACAAUUGAUUACCAUGUUAGUAGAGACACACAUAUUUUCUUUUGUGGUUGGUAGAGCAUUUGUUACAGAUAUCGAAAAGCUUAAAUUGAGUAGCAAAGCACGCAUGUUAGAGAUUGAAAGUUUGAUGGGCUAUUUUUUGGAGGUCACAGAGGAUGGAAUUCAGCCUGGCUCAAAUCUUUUGCAGGCAGUGGAAUUUCUUGUAUCCGGGCCUAUUGAUAAACAAUCUCUCCUUGAUUCUGGGAUCUUAUGUUGUCUGAUUUAUAUUCUCAAUGCCCUUUUGGGUCCUGAUGGAAGAAAUACAAGGCAAAAGGUAACAUCCGUUGAAGAGGAACCAGAAGCCAUGGAUAGCCCAGGUCCAGAUCGACGCCUUGAGGUAGAAGGCAGUGUUGUGCAUAUUAUGAAGGCAUUGGCAAGCCAUCCUGCAGCUGCUCAGAGUUUAAUUGAAGACAAGUCACUUCAAUUACUCUUUGAGAUGGUUGCCAAUGGAUCUUUAAUUUUAUUUUCAAGAUAUAAGGAAGGUCUUGUUCCCUUGCACAGUAUUCAGCUCCAUAGACAUGCAAUGCAGAUUCUUGGUCUUCUUAUGGCUAAUGACAAUGGAAGCACCACCAAGUACAUAAGGAGGCAUCAGCUGAUAAAAGUACUGCUAAUUGCUGUGAGGGACUUCAAGCCUGAAACUGGAGACCCUGCAUAUACAAUGGGAAUUGUGGACUUGUUGCUUGAAUGCAUAGAAUUGUCUUAUAGACCUGAGGCUGGUGAUAUCAGACUGAGGGAGGAUGUUCGUAAUGCUCAUGGAUACCAAUACCUUGUUCAGUUUGCAUUAGUUCUUUCAAAAGUUCAGGACUUUGAACACAUUUCUUCUUCAGAAGGGUUAACGAGAACUAGUGACUCAGAAAUGCAAGAUGUAAAGGGAAGAGGUGACACCUCAUCAGAAGGCCUCUCACCCACUCUGUCUAGAUUGCUUGAUGUUCUUGUCAAUCUAGCUCAAACAGGUCCACCUGACACAGCGUUGACCGGGUCAAAGGGUAAUCGCAGUAAACAAACAUCGUCUUCUGAUCGGUUUCCAGAUGAUGGGUGGGAAAAGGACAAUUAUAAAGUCAAAGAUAUUGAUGCCAUACAAGUGUUACAAGACAUUUUUCUCAAAGCAGAUAGUAGGGAGCUUCAGGCUGAAGUGCUCAACAGAAUGUUUAAGAUUUUCUCAAGUCAUCUCGAGAACUACAUGCUGUGUCAGCAGUUACGAACAGUGCCCUUGUUGAUCCUGAACAUGGGUGGCUUCCCUCCUUCUUUACAAGAAAUCAUCCUUAAGAUUCUUGAAUAUGCAGUGACUGUUGUUAACUGCAUACCUGAACAAGAACUGCUAGCACUUUGCUGUUUAUUGCAACAACACAUAUCAUCCGAAUUGAAGCACACAAUCCUAUCAUUCUUUAUAAAGCUAUUAUCCUUUGAUCAACAGUACAAAAGGGUAUUGCGAGAAGUUGGUGUGCUGGAAGUUUUAUUAGAUGAUCUGAAACAGCACAAGUUUCUAUUGGGUCCAGAGCAACACAAUGGUAACACUGAUGACCUGGAAAAAAAGUCAAACUCCAGCAGCUUCAAGAAACAUUUACACAGUAAAGACGCGAUUAUUUCAUCUCCAAGAUUAUUGGGUUCUAGUUCUGGAAAGCUCUCACUUUUUGAAGCAGAAGGCACGAUCUCAGCUUCUUGGAAUUGUUUGUUCUAUUUACUGAAGAAAGCAGAACAGAAUCAAGUAACAUUCCGGGCUGCUAAUGGUGUAACUACUGCUCUACCAUUUUUGGUGUCUGAUAUCCAUCGUCCAGGUGUCCUUCGUGUCAUAUCAUGUUUAAUCAUUGAAGAUUCUUCACAGGUUCAUUCAGAGGAACUGAGCAUGCUGGUUGAAGUAUCAAAGAGUGGGAUGGUUACCAGUUCUUUAGGAUCUCAAUAUCGCCUUCAAUAUGAUGCAAAAUGUGAUGUUUUUGGAGCUUUAUGGAGGGUUUUAGGAGCUAACAGUUCUGCUCAGAGAGUAUUUGGUGAAGCCACUGGGUUUUCUCUUCUUCUAACAACACUUCAUAGUUUCCAGGGAGAUAAAGGGCUGAUUGAGCCAUCUCUUCUACCAGUUUGCAUGAAAGUUUUCACAUAUUUAUUGCGUGUAACAACAGCUGGUGUGUGCAAUAAUGCUGUCAACAGGGAAAAGUUAAAUACAAUUAUAUCUUCACACACUUUCUAUGAUCUUUUAUCCGAGUCUGGCUUGAUUUGUGUGGAGUGUGAAAGACAAGUAAUUCAAUUACUCCUUGAACUUGCACUUGAGAUUAUACUCCCGCCAUUUUCAACACCAGAAACUGCCACAUCAUCAAAUGCUCUUGCAAGUUCUUCUGCUGCUUUUUCUGUCAUUACUCAAUCAGGCUUGUUUCUUCCUGAUAAAGAGCGGAUAUAUAAUGCUGGUGCUUUGAAGGUCCUCAUUCGUUCAUUGUUGCUCUUUACUCCAAAAUUACAGCUGGAGUUGCUGAAACUUAUCGAAGAGCUUGCUUCAGCUGGACCUUUUAAUCAAGAAAACCUAACAUCUGCUGGUUGUGUGGAGCUUCUUUUGGAGACAAUAUAUCCUUUCCUUUCGGGUUCAUCCUCUCUACUUUCCCAUGCUUUAAAGAUUAUUGAAGUACUCGGGGCUUACAGGUUAUCAACAGCAGAACUUAGAAUGAUUAUCAGAUGUCUUCUGCAAAUGAGACAGAGGAAUCCUGGUCAUAUUCUUGUUGAUAUGAUGGAAAGAAUAGUUGUGAUGCAAGAUACGGCUUCAGAAAACGUUCCCCUUGCACCAUUUAUAGAAAUGGACAUGAGAAAGAUCGGAUAUGCAUCGAUUCACGUGUCAUUAGGAGAAAGAUCAUGGCCUCCUGCUGCAGGCUAUUCAUUCGUGUGUUGGUUUCAACAUCACAAUUUCCUGAAAUCAAAUUCAAAAGAUGUUGAAUCUUCAAAUACCGUAUUUUCCAAAAGGAAUACAAGUACCACGGGCCCACAAGUUCUACGGUUGUUCUCAGUUGGUGCAACAGAUGGUGGUGAUACAUUUUAUGCAGAGAUCUGUCUUCAAGAAGAUGGAAUAUUAACCCUUGCAACCAGCAAUUCAUCUUCAUUGUCUUUUUCAGGGUUAGAUGUUAAUGAAGACCAAUGGCAUCACCUUGCAGUGGUACACAGCAAACCAAAUGCUUUGGCUGGACUAUUUCAAGCCAGUGUUGCAUACGUGUAUCUUAAUGGGAAGCUUAGACACACAGGGAGACUAGGGUAUUCCCUCUCUCCUGCUGGUAAGUCCCUACAGGUAACAAUUGGGACACCUCUAACCUUCUCAAGGGUCAGUGAUUUGUCAUGGAAGCUACGAUCUUGCUAUCUGUUUGAAGAAGUAUUGACACCUGGUUCCAUAUAUUUUAUGUAUAUUUUGGGCCGAGGGUACAGGGGACUUUUUCAAGACACAAAUCUUCUUCAGUUUGUCCCUAGCCAGGCUUGUCGUGGGGGUAGUAUGGCCAUUUUAGACUCUUUGGAAACCGAUUUGGCAUUGGUUUCCAACAUUCAGAGGCCUGAGAGUGCUGCAAAUAAGCAAGGAAGUUCUAAGACAGAUCGUAGUGGAAUGGUUUGGGAUUUUGAAAGAUUAGGGAACCUCGCGCUUCAGCUCUCUGGAAGGAAACUCAUAUUUGCAUUUGAUGGAACAUCAACAGAAGCCUUUCCAGCUUCCGGAACUUUGUCAAUGCUCAAUUUAGUUGAUCCCCUGUCAGCAGCUGCUUCUCCUAUUGGAGGCAUACCACGGUUUGGACGUCUUCAUGGUGAUGUUUAUGUCUGUAAGCAUUGUGUAAUUGGUGAAACUGUGCGUCCCAUUGGUGGAAUAUCUGUUGUGUUAGCUCUUGUUGAAGUAGCAGAAACCAGUGACAUGCUGCAAAUGGCAUUGACUCUCCUUGCUUGUGCACUUAAUCAAAAUCCACAAAAUGUUAGAGACAUGCAAGCAUGUAGAGGGUAUCACUUGCUAGCUCUCUUUUUACAUUCCAGAAUGUCUCUGUUUGACAUGCGAUCACUCGAGAUCUUUUUCCAAAUUGCUGCUUGUGAGGCUUCUUUUCCUGAACCCAAAAAGUUGGAAGAAACUCAGCAUAAUCUGUCACCUUCAGUCACCCUGAAUGAAUUUGAUGACCUAAACCUGUCAUCAUCGAAGUUCCGCGAUGAAAUUUCUUCAGCUAGUUCUCAUGAGGAUAUGGAUGAUUUUUCUUUACAAAAAGAUAGUUUCAGUCGUAUGUCUGAACUCGAUGAUAAUGAUAUCCCUCCCGAAACAUCAAAUUGCAUAGUUCUUUCAAAUGCAGAUAUGGUUGAACACGUGUUACUUGACUGGACUGUAUGGGUAGCAGCUGAGGUUCCAAUACAGAUUUCUCUUCUUGGAUUUCUUGAAAAUCUUGUUUCUAUGCAUUGGUACAGGAAUCAUAAUCUCACCAUUUUGCGUAGAAUAAACCUUGUUCAACAUCUCCUUGUAACUCUCCAAAGAGGUGAUGUUGAGGUUCCUGUACUCGAAAAACUGGUUGUCCUUUUAGGAGUUAUCUUGGAGGACGGAUUCGUCAUUUCUGAACUGGAACACGUUGUAAGGUUUGUGAUUAUGACUUUUGACCCCCCUGAACUGUCAUCCCGGAAUGAGAUAUCAAGAGAAGCAAUGGGGAAGCAUAUUAUUGUUAGAAACAUGCUGCUUGAGAUGUUAAUCGAUCUCUUGGUCACAAUCUCAUCAGAAGAGCUUCUUGAACAAUGGCAUAAGAUCGUGUCUUCAAAGUUGGUGACUUAUUUUCUUGAUGAAGCUGUUCAUCCCACCAGUAUGAAAUGGGUCAUGACUCUUCUUGGUGUGUGUCUCACCUCUUCACCUACUUUCGCUCUCAAAUUCAGAACAAGUGGAGGGUAUCAAGGUCUAAUGAGGGUGCUCCCUAGUUUCUAUGAUUCCCCUGAUAUAUAUUACGUCUUGUUUUGUCUGAUAUUCGGGAAGCCAGUGUAUCCAAGAUUACCUGAAGUUCGCAUGCUGGACUUUCAUGCCCUUAUGCCGAGUGAUGGAAGUAAUGUACAACUAAACUUCUUAGAGCUUUUGGAUUCUGUAAUUGCAAUGGCGAAAUCGACAUUUGACAGGUUGUCUGCCCAGACAAUGCUGGCGUAUGGAAGUGGGAAUCUGAAUCAGGUUGGUGGUGGGCUUGUUGCAGACCUUGUGGAAGGAAAUGCAGAAAUGACUGGAGAGCUUCAGGGUGAAGCUCUGAUGCAUAAAACUUAUGCAGCACGUCUUAUGGGUGGAGAAGCUUCUGCUCCUGCUGCUACAGCAUCUGUUCUUAGAUUCAUGGUGGAUUUAGCCAAAAUGUGUCCUGCUUUUUCUGCUGUAUGUAGACGAGCUGAAUUCAUUGAGAGCUGUGUGGAUCUUUAUUUCUCCUGUGUCAGGGCUGCUCAUGGUGUGAUGAUGGCGAAGGAGAUGUCGAUAAAGGCAGAAGAGAAAAAUAUAAAUGAUGUUGAAGAGGCGGAAGGCUCUGUUAAGACUUCCAUCAGCAUGAGAAGCUUCCCUCCAGUGAGUGCAAGCUCUGAAGAUGUUCCUGCUGUCGCAGACAAUAUGGAUGGAAUUGGAAAUAAAACAGAGCUGAUCAUGACUUUGGAAUCACAGAUUCCGAGUUCAGAUUCCGAACCAGUUGAUCAGCCAUCUGUUAUCGACAGCAAGCAGUUCAAUUUCCAUGAUCUGAAAAUCACUCCAGUCUCUGUUCACCCAACUGGUUCACCAGGCUCACCAUCUUUAAGCAUAUACGAUUCUCCAAUCUUAUCUGAAAGAUCCACUUCCAGGUUUCAGUCACUCAACUCUCCAUCACAGGUUCUUGGUUUGCCAUCUUGGCUUGGAAGCUCCAAUGACUUAAAAUCUCAAUAUCAACCACUCGCCUCUCCUUCCAUGGACUCCUCCUCUUUAUCCCUCACUGAAUUCGAUUCAACUCCAGACUUUAGAUGGUCCCCACAAAUCCCAAACAUUUCAAAUACAAUUUUCACAGUCCAUCCGAAGCUGCUUCUUGAUGUGGAUGAUUCCGGUUAUGGUGGUGGCCCGUGUUCUGUUGGAGCAACCGCUGUGCUAGACUUCAUUUCAGAAGUUCUUGCUGAUUUUGUAACUGAGAACAUAAAAGCGACACCUGUUAUCGAAAGCAUUCUGGAAACUGUUCCUUUAUAUGUUGAUGCAGAAACCGUUUUGGUAUUCCAAGGGUUAUGCCUCACAAGACUCAUGAACUUUCUAGAAAGACGCCUCUUACGUGAUGAUGAAGAAGACGAGAAAAAACUCGAUAAAAACCGAUGGUCAUUGAAUCUAGACGCGUUAUGUUACAUGAUAGUUGACCGUGUAUACAUGGGUGCUUUCCCUCAGCCUGCUGCUGUAUUGAAAACACUUGAGUUCCUGUUGUCCAUGUUACAGCUGGCAAAUAAAGAUGGCAGAGUCGAACAAGCACCUCCGGUUGGAAAAGGGAUUUUAUCCAUCACAAGAGGAACAAAACAACUCGAUGCAUACGUACACUCGGUUUUCAAAAACAUGAACCGAAUCACCAUGUACUGUUUCCUUCCUUCUUUCUUGAUAUCAGUUGGAGAAGAUGAGUUUCUUUCAAGACUCGGUUUGCAGAUCGAACCCAAGAAAAGGUUGGUCCCACAUGUGUCAGAAGAAGAUGGGGUGAUAGAUAUAUGCACGGUUCUACAGUUGCUCAUUGCUCAUAGCAGAAUCAUCUUUUGCCCUAGUAAUCUUGACACCGAUCUAAUCUGCUGUCUUUGUAUAAACCUGAUCUCGCUUCUACAUGAUCAAAGACCUAAUGCACAGAGCUUAGCAGUGGACAUCCUGAAACAUCUUCUUGUUCACAGAAGAGCUGCACUUGAGGAUCUUCUUGUCUCCAAACCCAAUCAAGGACCUGUUUUGGAUAUAUUACAUGGUGGGUUUGAUUUGCUACUUACUGGAAGCCUGUCUAUCUUCUUUGACUGGCUUCAUAUGUCUGAACUGAUUGUUAAUAAAACCUUGGAACAAUGUGCUGCAAUCAUGUGGGUUCAGUAUGUUGCUGGAUCGGUUAAGUUCCCGGGUGUUCGGAUCAAAGGUAUGGAUGGGAGACGAAAGAAAGAGAUUGGUAGAAAGUCAAGGGAUUCAAUGAAAUUGGACCAAAGACAUUGGGAGCAAGUCAAUGAAAGGAGAAUUGCUCUUGAACUGGUUCGUGAUGCAAUGUCUACUGAACUUAGAGUUGUUCGACAAGAUAAAUAUGGAUGGGUGCUCCAUGCUGAAAGUGAGUGGCAAACACAUCUUCAACAACUCAUACACGAACAAGGGAUAUUCUCAAUGCCCAAAUCCUUUUCAAGCCAAGAACUCGAAUGGCAGCUCUGCCCCAUUGAAGGCCCGUAUAGAAUGCGCAAGAAAUUGGAACGUUGCAAGCUGAAAUAUGAUACUGUGCAAAGCAUUUUAAACGGGAAGUUUGAAUUUGAAGAGCCUUCUAAAGAGAUGACCGGAAACGACAUUGGCGAUUUCGAUUCCGAUUCCGGUCCUUUCUCUAAUCUUUUAUUGAACGAUGGAAAACAGGAAUCUUGUAGUGACGAAAUGUAUGAAGAUUCUGUUUUUAAGGAAUCGGAAGGUGGGAAAGACGAGAAUCCGAUUAGGGUUGGCUGGAAUAACGAUCAGGAUAGUAGCAUUAAUGAUGAUAGUCUUCAUUCUGCUGCUGAAUUUAGCAUGAAGUCCAGCUCAGCAACCGUACCGUUGUCAGAGAGCAUUCAAGAAAAAUCGGUUGUGAGUUCUCCUAAGAAGUCUGCUUCAAUGAGAUUUGAUGAGGUUAAAGGAACGGAAGAUAAAGUGGAUAAAGAAUCGAGCAACAACGGGGAGUAUUUAAUCCGGCCUUAUCUUGAACACACAGAAAAAAUAAAAUUCAGAUACAAUUGUGAAAGAGUUGUGGGUCUUGAUAAACAUGAUGGGAUCUUUCUUAUCGGGGAGCUUUGUUUGUAUGUGAUAGAGAAUUUCUACAUCGAUAAGUCAGGUUGCAUCUGUGAGAAAGAAUGUGAAGAUGAGCUUUCGGUUAUUGAUCAGGCUUUAGGUGUAACAAAGGAUUUCUCUGUUAGUAUGGACUCCCAGUCAAAGCUGACUUCUUCAUGGGCUGUUAAAGCACAUACUGGGGGUAGGGCAUGGGCCUACAAUGGUGGAGCAUGGGGGAAGGAGAAAGUGACAAACAGUGGGAAUGUGCCUCAUUUGUGGCGAAUGUGGAAGCUUAACAGUGUUCAUGAAAUCUUGAAACGUGAUUACCAGCUUCGUCCUGUUGCUGUUGAGAUAUUCAGCAUGGAUGGAUGUAAUGAUCUUCUGGUUUUUCAUAAAAAGGAAAGGGAAGAAGUUUAUAAAAACUUGUCUGCCAUGAAUCUUCCCAGGAACAGCAUGUUGGACACAACGAUAUCAGGAGUAGCAAAACAAGAAAGUGCUUUCAAGAUUAUGGCAAAAUCUUUCUGCAAGAGAUGGCAGAAUGGAGAAAUUAGUAAUUUCCAGUACUUGAUGCAUCUCAACACACUCGCGGGUCGUGGGUACAGUGAUCUUACCCAGUAUCCUGUCUUCCCUUGGGUUCUAUCGGAUUAUGAAAGCGAAAAUCUUGACCUAACUGAUGAAAAAUCAUUCCGGAAACUUGACAAACCCAUGGGAUGUCAAACAGAAGAGGGAGAAGAUGAAUUCAAGAAAAGAUAUGAAAGCUGGGAUGAUCCAGAAAUCCCGAAAUUCCAUUAUGGAUCUCAUUAUUCAAGUGCUGGGAUUGUUCUUUUCUAUCUUUUACGGUUGCCACCAUUCAGCACAGAGAAUCAAAAGCUGCAGGGGGGUCAGUUUGACCAUGCUGACCGUCUUUUCAACAGUGUAAAGGAUACAUGGUCAAGUGCAGCUGGAAGAGGCAACACUUCAGAUGUAAAAGAACUUAUCCCUGAAUUCUUUUACAUGCCAGAGUUUCUUGAAAACAGAUUUGAUCUUGACCUCGGAGAAAAACAAUCAGGAGAAAAGGUUGGAGAUGUUGUGUUGCCUCCUUGGGCCAAAGGUAGUGCUCGAGAGUUCAUCAGAAAGCAUAGAGAAGCUCUCGAAUCUGAUUACGUUUCAGAGAAUCUACAUCACUGGAUCGACCUUAUCUUUGGUUAUAAACAACGAGGAAAGGCGGCUGAGGAAGCGGUGAAUGUAUUCUACCAUUACACGUACGAAGGAAGCGUCGACAUCGACGCGGUCACAGAACCCGCAAUGAAAGCCUCCAUUUUAGCACAAAUCAACCACUUCGGCCAAACACCAAAACAAAUCUUCCAACGGGCCCACGUGAAAAGGAAAAAAGACCGAAAACCCCCUAUCAACCCUCUCAAACACUCCAACUACCUGGUCCCACACGAAAUCCGUAAAUCCGCAUCCUCCAUAGCCCAAAUCGUGACCUCCAACGACAAAAUCCUCAUGGUGGGCCCCAACAACCUCUUGAAACCAAGAACAUACGCCAACUAUGUCGCGUGGGGGUUCCCGGACCGCAGUCUAAGAUACAUAAGCUACGACCAAGACAAGCUUCUUUCAACCCACGAAAACCUCCACGGCGGGAACCAGAUCCGGUGCGCGAGCGCUAGCCACGAUGGUCAGGUCCUCGUCACCGGCGCAGACGACGGUCUCGUCUCCGUUUGGCGCGUCGGGACCCACCCCGGGUUCCGCGCACCGCGAAGCUUACACCUCGAAAAAUCUCUCUCCGCUCAUACAGACAAAAUCACGUGUCUCCACAUCUGCCAACCUUACAUGGUGAUCUUAAGCGGUUCAGACGAUUGUUCAGUCAUCAUAUGGGAUUUAAGCUCGUUGGUUUUCAUCCGCCAGCUUCCGGAAUUCUCCUCCCCGGUUUCCGCCAUUUACAUGAACGAAUUAACCGGCGACAUCGUGACCGCCGCCGGAAUCAUGCUGGCGGUGUGGAGCGUGAACGGCGACUGUCUCGCGGUGGUGAACACUUCGCAGCUCCCGUCCGAUUUCAUCGUGUCGGUCACGACGUGUACGUUUUCCGAUUGGCAGGAGACGAAUUGGUUCGUGUCGGGGCAUCAGAGUGGUGCUGUGAAAGUGUGGCAAAUGGUUCAUAACUCGAGUGAGGUUUUCGAGACGCCACACAGUAAACAUUUUGCUACGAAUUUGUCGUUUGGGUUUGGGCUUGAGAAGGUGCCUGAGUAUACUUUGGUUUUGAGGAAGGUUUUGAGAGGGCAUAAACAUUCGGUCACUGCUCUUCAUCUGACCGGGGACUUGAAGCAGCUUUUGAGCGGUGAUUCGGGCGGGCAUUUGAUUUCGUGGACGUUGCCCGAUGAAAGCUUGAGGAAUUCUAUCAGAAGGGGGUGAGAUUUGGGUUUUUUUUAGGUAAAUUGUAAUCAUGUUUAUUUAGAAAGGAAAGAAAAAAAAAGGAACCUAAAUGAGAUUUGGUUCGACAUCCGUCCACCUAACACGAAAGGGCUGACCCUAAGACUUUGGGAGAGUGAUGGUAAGUAAUAUUAUGGUUUUGGUGGCCGGAAUUGUUUUUUGUGUUUUUAUGAAAGCUGGGAGGGAAUGUGGGGACUAUUUGUGUACAUAGAAGAAGAAUGGAUGGAUGGUUGUUAUAUUUGGAUAUUUGUAUAGAGUUGUGAAACAAACAGUUAGUAAAGGGGAGGAACUGUAACUGUAGUGCACUGUUACCCCCUAUUUUGGUCUGGGGUUUUUACGGGGUUCGGUUCUGUUGUGUUUUUAAUUCUCUCAUUUUUUGUUCCAUUUGUAAGAAUAUGAAUAUGCAUUCACACAAAUAUGAUUUCUUAUAGUAGUCAAGUUUAAGAUUUGA